AUGUCUUCCUACCUGGAGAAGCAGUCGGGCGCCUUCAAGGCCACGCUCGCGUCGGCAGCGUCCAAGCUCUCGAACCCGAUGAGCGUCAAGGCCGCCUCGCUCGCGCCCCCGUCGCCGUCGCCCUCAGCGGCGUCGGACGGCCUGACGCCGACGCCGACGGCGAAGCGCAAGCGGGACGCGCCGGCCGAGGUGUUCUCGCAGCCGCAGCUGACGGGCUACGGCGUGGACGUCAAGUCGCACAUGAAGUUUGCCGUCGACUUCCUCAAGGCGCGCGGCACGCCCAAGUCGAUGAAGGACCUGAUUGACCACCUGAGCGUGCGCAACACGUCGGACGAGCACAAGCAGGAGCUGGCCGAGGGCCUGCGCGGCCAUCCGCGCGUCGAGUGGAAGCCCGACACGAGCUUGAGCGAGCAGACGUGGCGGACGGGCACGUACAGCUACCGCCCCGUGGUCCCCGGCGUGACGGACGGUACGAGCCUGCUCGCGUUCCUGCAGCGCAAGACGGACGCCUCGAGCCUCGCGGUGCGCGACCUCAAGGACGGCUGGCCCGACUGCGAGGAGACGCUGGGUCGGCUAGAGCGCCAGCACAAGAUCCUGGUGACGCGUACGAACCGGGAGAACUUCCCGCGCCACGUCUGGCUCGACGACGCCUCGCUGCACCACAGCAUCCAGCCCGAGUUCCACGCCAUGUGGCGCCGCGUCCAGAUCCCGAGCAUCGAUGACAUGCACCGCAAGCUGUCGAGCGUGCAGCUCAAGCCCACGAGUGAGGACCCGCGCAAGGCGGCCGCCGCCGCGGGAAACAAGCCCAAGGUGCAGAAGAAGCGGGCGAGCAAGCGUGGUGGCAAGCAGACCAACAUUCACAUGACUCACCUGUUGCAAGAUUACAGUAAUCUGCGACGCUGA